AUGCGCGCGUUUGGCCGGCCCAUUGAGCUGCCGUCGCUGCGCGACCGCUUCCACCUCGGGCGAACCGCGCCGGUCGCCGUCGAGAAGGAGCCGGCGCGGUCGACGUCGAUCCCGUCCUUGGCGGUGAGCAUGCGCGAGCGCAAGGAGCCGAGCGACCCGCCGCCAAGCAACCCUCGUCUCCAGCCAAUGCGCCCGCCCGAACCCAACAACAAGCCUCGUGACAGUGCCAAGCCCAAGGCGCCCGACGCCACCAAGCCUGAUAGCAGUAGUGCGACCAAGGCCCAAGUCGAUGCCAAGACUGCCAAGGAAAACGCACCGAGCAAAGUGGCCGAGACGUCGAUGGCCACGGCCGUACCGCGACCGCCGACCGAGCCGCGACCGCCGCCCAAGCAGCCAGCCAAGGACCCACCCCGGGGCUAUGACCACAAUCGCGGCCAAAACAAAGGGCUCGAGUCGGCGCCGACAAGCGUCCAAACGCCGCAGGCCGUGCUCGAGACCGCGUCGCAGGAGCUCACGGACUUUGAGAAAACCGAGAUUUUGGCGGUCGAAAAGGUCUACUACUAUGGCACGCUCGCGUCCAAGACGCGCGCCAACGCGGUCGGCAACGACGGCUUUGACGACGAGAACGGCGACUAUCUCGGGAACGUCCACGACCACAUUGCGUACCGGUACGAGAUCGUCGGGCAUCUUGGGCGCGGCUCGUUUGGCCAAGUGCUCAAGUGCCACGACCGCGCGGCUCGGGCAAUGGUGGCGGUCAAGAUCGUACGCAACAAGCAAAAGUUCCAGGAGCAGUCGAUCGUCGAAGCGCAGCUCCUCUCCCACAUGAAGCAAGCCGAUAGCGAUGGGAAGAGCAACAUCAUUCGGCUCCACGAGUCGUUUACGUUCCGCUGCCACCUCUGCAUGAGCUUUGAGCUCCUGAGUUUGAACCUCUACGAGCACCUUCGCCUCGAGCAAUUCCGCGGUCUCCCCGUGCUUUUGAUCAAAAAGAUGGCGGUGGAAAUGCUCCUCGCGCUGAGCUUUCUCAAGGCCCAGCGCAUUGUGCACUGCGACCUCAAGCCCGAAAACAUCCUCUUGAAGAAGCCCAAGACGCACCUUGUCGCGCUCAUCGACUUUGGCUCGUCUUGCUUUGAGAACGCAACCUUCUUUACGUACAUCCAGUCGCGCUUCUACCGCGCGCCCGAGGUCAUCCUCGGCCUCCCGUACGGCCACCCGAUCGACAUGUGGUCCUUUGGCUGCAUCAUCGGCGAGCUCUUCACCGGGUACCCGAUAUUCCCGGGUGAGAACGAGGCCGAGCAGCUCGCUUGCAUCAUGGAGGUGCUGGACGUCCCGCCGGCUUCGAUGGUGGCGUCGUGCAAGCGCCGCAAAAACUUCUUUGACGAAGCUGGUGAGCCCCUCCAACUCGUCAACUCACGCGGUCGGAAGCGCCGACCAAAGUCCCGCGAGCUCCGCGCGCUACUGAAGAACCCGGACGGCAAAAUGACCGACUUUGUCGCGCGGUGCUUGGCAUGGGACCCGGCCGUGCGGCUGACGCCAUCGGAUGCGCUCGCGCACGAGUGGCUACUCGACGUCAAGCCCCCACCCAAGCCUGCGCGCAACUCGGUCGCCAAGGCCAAGCCCAAGGAAGCUGCGGACAGUGGGAAAGAGCUGCUACCUAUUUAA